AAACAUUCGGUCGGGGCGACCUUUCUAACAUGGAGGAACAAGGAAAAAGGAGCUGCAAAAACACACGAAGGAAUCACUUCAAGUGACGAAUGAAGCGAAACGCUCGCUGCGUGCCCCAUGCUCGGAACGUUCCAGGGGUUUCCUGUCGUGCUGUAGUUUACUCACUCGCGACAAGGUACGAUUAACGCAGGUCUGACGAAGCCGGCGAUCAAGCAACCGUGCGCGUACGCCACAAGCGAAAAAAGUGCUGUUUAAAGCAAUAAAAAAAAAAGCGUUGGCCACUGAUAAGGAGGCCGGCCGCAACACUGCAAGCGAACAUCCCGCGCCAACAAACAACAACACACCGGUGGCGACGAAAUCCCAAGUGCCCAAUAGGGGAGAGAUCUUGAUUGUGAUGGCUCGAGAAGGUUAGAUGAAUAAGCGACCGGCACAACCCAGCCAAAAGACACAUUGUUGUGGGCCGUCGGGACGGGAAUGGGGCAACCCCUUCUGGCUGCUAGCGACGAUCCCCUACCGGAGCUUAAGCGAAGCCGCAACGAAUCUCAAGAAGCCCGUCAGACCGUGCUGAGUUUGCUGAUAAGAAGGACACACACACACACACACAGCAUCGUUAAGCGUGUAGGCAAAUAAGGCUAGCUAGCGGAGCCGAAGACUGUGCGUGUGGCACCCGACGGGGACAAGUGUAAUCGACCGCCCAUUCUCAGCCGUAUCUCGCCCGAUCAGCCCAAUGGUGAUCAUCUCUGCCGCUUCAACAGCCAGGUUCCGAGCGAUGCAACGGUAGUGCAAAUACUAGUCCCGUGUUCGCUGUGUGCAGUGCUGCCAUCGCUACCGAUACCAGCCGGACAAGAAUAGUGCGCCCGAUCAUUUCACAACCGGACGAAGGACACCCUGUUGCUCGGUGGUGGUGGUGCUUUUGUUUGCCGUGCCGUACUUCCGAUUAGCUUCCCGGGCCAUUCCCGUGGUGCGUUGGGCAGCAGCCUGCACUGUCAACUCGGUGGAAAUCUGUGGUUCACCGGCCCCCGUCCCCUACUGUCGUGCCAAUGUUACUAACGCAGCUCGAGAUUGCAGUCGGAAAUCCAACGCUCAAGCGGAAGUACAGUGGGGAUUACGGUGCGCUCAAGAGAAAGAUGGAAGCCAUCAACUGGAACAAGAUCAUGUACAUCGCGCAGGAGGAAAAGCUCAUAUACUUCGAUCAGAAAACGUACCGCCUGCCGGAAGCGAUAGUGACGAUGUACGCCGAUCGGGUGCUGCAUCUCGAUCUGAGCCACAACAAGCUGUCGGCCUUCGAUGCGCUGGAACGGUUCCCGUUUCUGGUGGAGCUUGUGCUGGACAAUAACUACCUCACGGACGAGAUUAUCUUCCCCGCACAGCUCAACAAUGUGAAGCUGCUUUCGCUGAACAACAACAAGUUCAAAAAUUUGGAUCUACUGCUGACGAAGCUUUCGCUGUGCUUUCCGGAGCUUGAAUAUCUGAGCCUGCUCGGCAAUCCGGCCUGCCCGUGCCAUCUGCUCAACCUGAAGUACACCGAGUACGACUACCAGAAGUAUAGACUGUACAUCAUCCGACACCUGCCCAAGCUGCGCAUCCUAGACGGCCAGCGGGUGAAGAAGAUGGAGCGCGACUUUGUGCGCUGCCAGCUGGAGAACUACGGCGAAACGCUGGACAACGAUCCGAACGCCGUGUCCGGCACGGCCAAGCAGCAGCAGCGUCAAACCGCCCGCAAAAGCAACACCCUGAAGCAUCUCUACACGACCGUCAGCAGUGGGCUGGGGCUGCGCCGGAAAACGGCACCGGUCUACAGCCCGCUGCCGGAAACGUUGCGCGAGGUCGGCGAUCAUCGCGGAGCGUACGGACGGUGCCGUUACCGGUACGUUGGCGCACAGUCGGAGGGAAACCGGUUCAUACUCAACAAUGACUUAUGAUGAGUAGCGCGAGCGAUGGCGCUUGCCUUUUAUUACAUGUGUGUGCUUAAUGCUUUGCAGAGGAAAGAGAGAAAACAUAUCAUUUUAAAUGGAAUUCAUACAUCAAAA